GUCGGUGAUGAGGAAAAAGGAGAAGUCGCUUUGUUCCAGGUUAUUUUCCAGAUAUUGUGAUGCAGAUAAACAACAGCUCUGCAUUUUAAUUCUCACCUCAGUCUGUGGGUGUAACCACGACGACGCUGAUUCCACAGGACGACUGAACUGAGGAGUGUGAUGGACGCUCACAUUUGGCAGCCUCGUUAAUAGGCCAUGUGUGUUGGUAUUAUAUGUGUUUGUGUGUGUGUGGGGGGGUAUUCCACACUACUACUACAGGCCCACUCGUUUCUGUCGUAUCCAGCUGUUUGGUUGAAACCAGAGAUUUGGCUGACCCCGCCUCUCGCUCCGAGCUGCGAUAGUAACGUACUGUCCUGGAAACACGCCACUCAGUGUAAAAAAAAGAGAAACUCACUAAUCCCCUCAGGACCGACAGCUUGGGGGGGGUUUAUCACCCAUAUUAUUAUUUGCACCUCGGAUGUGAAGCUGCUUUUAUCAAUCUGUUGGUUUCAGACUUUAUUAUUCAAAGACGAGUACGGUGGUGAAAUAUGAGGGUUAUCUUUCACGUUUUCAGUCUGGGUCCAAUCAGUCCAAGUUAGUUAACGCAGAGGGGUCAACCAAAACAAAUCCACUGGGGGGAUAAGGGAUGUUUGAGCCAAUACAUGUUUGUCCAAAUAAUGUUUGUCUGGUGUCGCAGCUCAAACCGCUGCCAGCUCCCGCAGCUGGAUGUUAAACCUACUUUCAUCAGGUAUAAACUUUUACGAAACCAAUGCACUUGUUUUAUAUGCAAACCAUUAAACCCAGCAAAUCAAUGUAACUGCAGAAAAAUGUAGAGCAACACAUUCAAAUUAAACUUGGAAAAGCUCUGGAUCAAAUGAAUCCGUGUUCUGAGGAUCUGAAGUGUUCAUUUGUUAUUCUUUUAAUGAUUUAAUAUCACUCUGAGAUAAAAUGGAUUUAAUCAUGAGAGAUAUGAGCAGAAUGAUGGGAAUUCUUUCAUUUUGUUGAUGGUGACCACGGAGCCCCGGUGAGAACGAGCAGCGGCGUCCAUUCUUCGUUACCGUACUCGUUACACGGGGGAUUUAAAGCAUCAUACGGUGGCAACACAUGGCGCAGAUCCAGCCUUUCAAUCUGUGGGACUCUUGAUCCCGCUGAGCGCAGCAGGGAGGAGGGAUGAAUGGAGGAGGGAUGAAUGGGGGAGGGAUGGAGGAGGACGCAGCCUCAGCACCACCAGCAGCAGCGGCUCGGUCAGAACGCAGCAGCAGCUUCGCCGCAGCGUCACCGCACACAAACGCACAGCAGCGACGCAGACUCACACAGUCGACCUAAAUUAAUUUAGUAACGCAAUUAUCCCGAAGCUGCCCCUGGGUAUUCAGCAGCAGCCGGAGGAAGAAAAAAAAGAGAAGAGAGAAGAAAUUAACGAAGGAGGAGGACGGAGGAUGUGACAGAUGUUGGGAAAGUCUGGUUGGAUGUAGAGCGGAGGAGGAAGAGGAGGAAGAAGAGGAGGAAGAGCAGAGGAACUGUCCUGAACAGAGAUCUGAGAGAUGUUUUUCUGCUGCGGACAAACGACGAGGAUGAUUUAUUGCAAUGAUUCCUUCACUGAAAUCUUCAUCUGGAAAUUCUAAAGGGCAAGUUACUGACGGAACUUGAUCCAAACACGGGACUUAACUCGAGUCGGAUUCCAACUUGACUGCCACUGGUUAUGAAAAUCUGCACAUCGAGACUGAAACGGCAGGGGGUAAGAUGUUUGUGGAGUCAGUCGUCCGGUGGGGGGCGUGGAGCGUCCUGCUCCAGUUCGGACUGGGUGUAGCUGCAGGAGUGUGUCCGUCCCGCUGCGUGUGUCGACCCGAGGCCAGAGAAGUGAUCUGCGCUGGCAAACAUUUCAGUUCGGUGCCAGAGGGUUUUUCCGGUGACGCCAGGCGUUUGGACAUCUCCCACAAUAAGAUUAAGACAGUGGGACGCCGCCAGUUCUCUGGACUCCUGCAACUUCAAGAGUUGGACCUCAGCGAUAACAUAAUCUCCAUGAUUGAGGUAGAGGCUUUCCAGGGCCUGCAGAAUCUCAGGACGCUUCGGAUUAAGAAUAACCGACUGAAGAUCCUCCCGGUCGGGGUGUUCUCUGGCCUGUCCGGCCUGCGCCUUCUAGACUUAAGCCAGAACGAGAUUCUGGUCUUCCUGGACUAUACCUUCAGAGAAAUGAUGAGCCUGCAAACGCUGGAGGCCGGAGAGAACGACUUAGUGUUCAUCUCGCAGCGGGCGUUCGUUGGUCUCCAGAAUCUGCAGGAGCUCAACUUAGAUCGCAGCAAUCUGACGUCUAUUCCCACUGAGGCGCUGUCGCAGCUCCAGAGCCUGGCGCGUCUUCGAAUGCUGCGCCUGACCAUCACCACACUUCCCAACAACGCCUUCCGACGACUCCACCGUCUGCGCAGCCUCCUGAUAGCAAACUGGCCAGCCCUGGACUCGAUAGCUAGCAACAGCCUGAUUGGUCUCAAUUUGACCUCGCUCGUCAUCAGCAGCUGCAACAUCAGCGCUGUUCCUUACUCAGCGCUCCGUCACCUGGUCUACCUGCGCUACCUGGACCUGUCCUACAACCCCAUCACUGCUAUCCAAGGGAAUCUGCUCGGGGACCUCCUGAGACUCCAGGAGCUACACCUAGCAGGGGGGAGCCUGCUACGAAUAGAGCCCGGGGCCUUCAGGGGCCUGGCCUACUUCCGCAUGCUCAAUGUGACGUCCAAUCAGCUCACCAGUUUGGAGGAGAGUGUCUUCCACUCCGUGGGGAACCUUCAGGUGCUGCGGUUGGAUGGGAAUCCCCUAGCAUGUGACUGCCGCCUUCUGUGGGUGGUCCGUCGCAGAUUACGCUUGAACUUUGACGGACAUCAGCCCGCUUGUUCCUCCCCAGAUUCGGUGCGGCAGCGUGAAUUCAGAGACUUCUCGGAGAAGGAGCUCCCGCGGCUGUUUACCUGCCGUCCUGCUCGCAUCAUGGACCGCAGGCCGCAGGAGGCCCGAGUGGAGGAGGGCACGACCGUUCUCUUCUCCUGCAAAGCUGACGGGGAUCCGUUCCCAUCCAUCACCUGGAUCUCCUCCCACAAGAAUUUGGUUUCUGCAACAGGAAGGAUCAGAGUUUUGCCCAACGGCACUCUAGAAGUGCGUUUUGCCCAAGUACAGGACAGUGGUACGUAUCAGUGCCUGGCCGGCAACGCGGCCGGCAACGACAGCCUGACCGUCGGGCUCUACGUGAAGGGCCUCCCCCGGAACCGAACCAUCCCUUUCUUCUCAGAGGAGGGCUGGGUGGAGCCUUCGAAUCCACAAGCUGCCAACUCCUCGGCUCAAAUGGCGAAGCCGUACCCGUUCGACGCGAAGACGCUGAUCAUCGCCACCACCAUGGGCUUCCUGUCGUUCCUCAGCUCCGUGGCCAUUUGCUUCGUCUUCAUGUUCUUCUGGAGCCAGAGCAAAGGGCAGAUCAAACACACGGCAACUAUUGACUUUGUUCCUCGGUCUUCCAUGGGCGGAGGAGGGGAGGGAGGUGAUGGUGGCAGGUUCACCAUGAAGCUUAUUUAAAGCCAAAGCAGAGGUCAGAGGGGUCUUCACAGUGUCUGUCAGUCCUUUGCAAUGUGGACCCUCCCCUCCGUUGGGACCCUCGGAGACAGAGACCUCUAUUCGAAGGCUCAUCAGUGCCAGUCUGUCGAGCUUCUAAUUUAAGAGCUGAAAGUCUCAGCGCCCACUUGGCUGUGUUAUCUAACUAAUGAAUAUCUCAUGAUCCUGGAGCAGAGUGAUGUUAACAGACAGUGGAGCAGAGCUGUGUCAUGGCGGCUGAACAACCUCUGAUUUGACAGGUCCCUCUCUCUUUAUGCAGCAUGUAAUUAUCAUUUAACUUCACAGAUUUGGAUAUAACACAAAGAGACUUUGAAUUGGACACAUUAAACUAAUGUCUCUGAGUUAUUUAAACACAGCAGGUGCUUGUUUUAUCGUCCACAUUGUACAAGUCAAGUGAACAUUUUGCCCUUUUGACCCGAGUUGCUAUUUUCACUCACCAACAGAGAGUCACGUCCGAGACUGUUCAGCAUCGGUCGUGAGACGUUAACUUUAACAUGAACAUGUGACUUUAAAGCUUUUGAUACCUGCAAUAAACACACAUAUGGAAUAGAGUCGCCAAAUCAUUUCUGAUUCUCAAGUUUGUGGCGACGUUUUGGAAAUUUUCCGAGCUUUGCAUUAUGUUUGAUUUACAGCUUGAUUUAAAUGAUUACGUUAAAGGACGGAUUAGAUAUUACAAACCAUGAUAUACGUAGGAAUGUUCCCAUUUCAUGCUUAAAACUAGAAAGUCACUCAGUCGACUGCAUGUACCUCUGCCAAGGACCCCCCCGCCCGAUGACACCACAUUUAACUUCACUUGAUCUGGAUUUUUAUCUGGAGCUGCACCAAAUUACAAUCACUCAUAAAUAUCAGUCCCCGGAACACGUCUGGUUUAGUUCAGUAAGAUUCAUUAAUUAUUCUCUGUGAAAUCCAGGGAACAGAUCUGCACCAAACUUAGAUGAGUUCUUUCCUGACUCUCCUUCGACUAAGUUUUGUGUAAAUCUGUCCUGUACUUUUUGUGUAAUCCUAAAAAACAAACACACAACCUUCUUGGCGGAGGUAACAAGUUCAUCAGGUCCAAGCUGGAUCACUGUCGUUGUUUUGUACUUUAACACGUGAUGACAUUAGAAGCUUUCUUUGUUUCAGCAGACGAUUUGUUUUUAUAUGCAAGGAUUCACUUUUUUUUAUUUCCAAACCCACACAAAAGACUGAAAAACAUGUGCCUCAGUAACAUUCUCACCACGGACAGAGAGAAUGCUCACCGUUAUCUUGUAAAUAUUUAGGUCAAGGGCGUUUGUGCGCGCAGGGUUUAUUCUAUCAUUUUAUCUAGUUGUGGGGAUUAGAGUCACUCGGAUACGACACUCUUGUUGUGUAUAAACUUCAUUGUGUCAGAUGCACUAUGCACAAAGCGACGCUUUAUGGAGCCAGGAUGAGAGGAAGCUCUGACAUUGUUUGUUUGUUACUCGCUAUCUUGUUCAUAAAUGAAUGCUUUUUUCACUUGAUGUUAUUAAAUGCAUAUAUUUAAACCA